AUUAUUCCAGGAUUUAUGUGCCAGGGUGGUGACUUCACAUGUCAUAAUGGCUCUGGCGGCAAGUCCAUCUAUAGGGAGAAGUUUUAUAAUGAGAACUUCAUCCUGAAGCAUACAGACCCUGGCAUCUCAUCUAUGGCAAAUGCUGGGCCAAACACAAAUGGUUCCCAGUUUUUCACUUGCACUGCCAAGACUGAGUGGUUGGAUGGCAAGCAUGUGGUCUUUGGGAAGGUGAAAGAGGGCAUGAACAUUGUGGAAGCCAUGGAGCGCUUUGGGUCCAGGAAUGGCAAGACCAGCAAGAAGAUCACCAUUACGGACGGUGGACAACUCUAAUACAUUUGGCUUGUGUUUAUCUUAACCACCAAACCAUUCCUCUGUAGC